UUUACUUUUACGACUCCAAGCAAUCGGUUAUGUUAAAAAUUUUUAUAGUAUUUAAAAAUUUUCCAUAUGAUGUUUUGCAAGUUACGUCGCCUAGAAUUGCUCCGUAGUGGGCAAUUGUCGGACUGUGAGCUGCAUGUGUGGUAUACGGAUAAGUAUAAGAAGAGCUGCUGCCGCCAGUUUCAGUGCCACAAGGUAAUGCUGGCCUCCGCCUCGGAGGAGUUCGAGCGCAUGUUCCAAGAGACGGACUUCGAUAGAAACAUGCUGGUGAUGAACGUGAAUGAUGCCUCGCCCGAUGCAUACGAGACCCUGCUGCUCUACAUCUACACCUAUGAGAUAUACAAUGACAUAACCAUCGAGAUGUGUCCAGAUCUGAUCUAUUUGGCAACCAAAUAUAAGAUGCCCGACUUUGUCGAUGGUUACAUUGGCAAGUUGGCCAACCAGAAUUGGCCAAUGGGCACGGUGCUGAAAAUCUUUCAGCUGGCCAACGAGCAUAAUCGACCGGCCAUGAUGAAGCUGGUGGGAAAGAAAAUUGUGCCCUUUGCGAAUAAGCUGCUCGAUGACAACUCUUUUCUCAAAUUCACCGUUAAGGAGCUGCAUGCACUGAUGGUCAUUUUGAAAAGCGCGGGCACCGUUUCAGAUCAGAAGCUGCUGCUGUCCUUGAAGAAAUAUCAGGUAUACAAUAAUUUGCAUUAUAGAAAUAUGGCGUGCUUUCAGCAAUUUGUCGAGGUGACGCAUCUAUUUGGCGAGCCCCUCUUCGAGGCGGACGGCACCUUGGCCAUAAGUGACGAUGACGAAAAUGAACCAGAAGCAGCGGUAUCGCCAAAAGAACUGGAACCGGUUGUAGAGGAAGACUCAAAAGAAGCUGAACUACCACAAUCGCCAACACCUCAAGAGGACGCAGCUGGACCACAAACAAAACCAGCAUCUAACGAGGACGAACCUAAAAACGAACAAUUGCCAGCAUCUAACGAGGGCGAACCUAAAGACGAACAAUUGCCAGCAUCCAACGAGGACGAACCUAAAGACGAACAAUUGCCAGCAUCCAACGAGGACGAAGCUAAAGUCCAAGAAUUGCCGGCAUCUAACGAGGACGAGGCCCGGCCUGUGCCAAACAAGUUAAAGAAUGCAGCAGAUCCACCAGAAGCGGAAAAACGAACAUUGCAGAGAACACCGAAGCGAACGACAUCUCGAAAUUCAAAAAGAAAUAGCCAAAAAUGAAUUUUCUCUUGCGUAUUAAAUAUUUAUGAAUAAAGUCAGGUGCAUUGUGAUCUCCUGGGUCUGUUGCAUGUCUCACUGAUCAA